UCCAAGAUGGCGGACGAGAGUAAAGAAGAAACAGAAAGAGAAAUCCCUGGAAUUGUAGACUUACAAGCCUUUUCUCAGAAAGCCCUGCGAUAUCUAGUUGGCUGUACUCAGAAGGCCAAUGCUCUACCAGGCCCGGGAGAAGACCAUGAUUUCUACUACAGCUUUUCAGAUUUUAGAGAAUUCAGAAAGGCUCAAGGAACAAGACUAUUACACAAGACCAGUGAUUUGUUAAGACAUUUUCAUAUCCAAUGUGGAUGGCCUAAGAAAGGACAGUCUUCCGACAGUAUUGAUCAUGAGGAUUUGUUUGAAAACCUCGUGGAAGCCAAUGACAUCAUCCUUGAGGAAGUGGACACUAAAUUAGAUGAAGCAUCAGGUUUAAGCAAGAAUAAAAAACCAGUAAUGAAUGAGUCAGUCAAACAAAGCAAACCUGUUGUAUCCAGUUGGAAUCGCCGCAGUCAUGGUGGUGUUAAAGACAGCCCGGUACGCUUGUUGUUGGCCAAGAAUAUUCUACGUCCUCAGAUAAAGUUCAAGGAUAAAAUAGAUAACUCCAACUCACCUUUUGUUCCAAUCAUUAAAUACAAGCCCAAUGCAAUCAAGAAACUUCAGAUCUAUACCCCAUCAUCUCCUCAACCAGAAGACCUCAGCAUACCAACUGCUAUAGCAGACUUUGUUCACCAACAGAGGAUGAUUAGUAAUACUACGACUAAUAGGAUUUGUCAUCCAUAUCAGCAUGAGCUAGAGGUGUUUGAACCACCAGAAAACCAGUUAAAAGAGGCAAAAGAAGAGUUAUAUAAAGGCCUGGAAGAGACACCCUAUACUUAUGUAGAAACUGUUGAACAGCUUGAGGAACUCUGUCAAAAACUUUCCAGUGUGACAGAAUUCGCAGUGGACUUGGAGCAUCAUUCAUACAGAUCAUUCCAAGGAUUUGUUUGUCUUAUGCAAAUAUCAACCAGGGAUCAUGAUUAUCUUGUUGAUACUCUGGAGCUGCGCAGUGACUUGAGCAUCUUGAAUGAAUCGUUUACCAACCCUAAGAUACUCAAGGUUCUUCAUGGUGCCGACAUGGACAUUGGAUGGUUACAGAGGGACUUUGGAUUGUACAUUGUUAACAUGUUCGACACUGGCCAAGCAUCAAGAGUUCUAAACUAUGAACGAUUCUCACUGAGUUAUCUACUGAAGAAAUUCUGCGGAGUGACAGCUAAUAAACAGUAUCAGUUAGCCGACUGGAGAAUAAGACCUCUACCUGCAGAAAUGAUCCAAUAUGCAAUAGAGGACACUCACUAUUUAUUGUACAUUUAUGACCGGCUACGUAAUGAGCUCAUCAAGAGUGGCAAUGCUCAGAAUAAUCUGUUGAUGUCAGUGUAUCAAAGGAGUAAAGCUGUUUGUUUGAAGAAAUAUGAGAAGCCCUUGUUUACAAAAGAGUCUUACCUUAAUCUCUACAAGAAGCAAAGACGUCCACUAAACCCUCAACAGCUUCAAGUAUUUCAAGCGCUUUAUGAAUGGAGGGAUACGAUAGCUAGACAAGAAGAUGAAAGUUAUGGGGAACCAACGGGUGUAUUGGCAUGCUGCAAUCCUGUCCCCACCCUGUUAAAGCAAUAUGCGAAUGAAGUUCAUCAGAUCAUUCAAGACGCCAAAGAACGUUCAGUAACUGUUACCGAAGAGAACAUCUCUUCAACAGAAGCCACACCCAUGGAAACAAGCUCUAGGUCUCCCGUGGUAGCAAGACUAGACGUGAAAGAAACUAGAAGCAAAAGUAUAGAAAGGGCGAGUCAAUAUGCGAGCCAAGUGUCAACAACUCCAAGACCUGUGAAGGCUUACAUACCCACUGGACCACAAGUCAAAACCAUGAAACCGUCAAUUAGUAUUUUCGACUAUCCACAGAAAGCUGGACCUCAUAACGAAGGACUCGAGAAGGCUAAGGAGAUUAUGGCUGGAUUCGUCAACCCAUUCAAAGUG